AAACUGAUAAGAGACCAAAGAAAAAUCAUCGUCACUGUUCUUAUACUUUCACUUUCUUUUUACUGUAAAUAGGGGUUGUUGUGAGGACCAGCUUGGAGUAGAAAUACAGCAUAGAUUUAUAAAGUAUUGUUUGGUUAAAUGAUCGACAGCUGACUCCUAAUAUAAUAAUCGAAUCCCCCGUCGUGUGAUCGAUCGCUUCCCCUCUGGUUCCUUUGGUUCGACUCGUCUACACAGCUGGUGAAGUCAUGUCGGGUUUACUGAAGAAAAUACAAAACAUCGAUAAAGAAGCAGCUGAUUAUUUGAGAGACGCUGAUUUACAAAGUGACUCAGACAUCCAGGUCCUGACUAGAGAUGAACUGCGCGACCUGCUUCCAGGAAAUAAGAAUAUGAAACGCAGAAGGGCCAUUUUUGACAUAAUCCACAAGCAGCCAAUCGAUCAGAUCCUAAAGAAGGUGAAGGGGUUCAUCCCAGAGGAGUCUUUGAGAGCUGCUCUAACUGACAAUGGGGUCUUGGUUGAAUACCUCGGUCUCCUGAUGGACAUGAAGACCCAAAUGGAUAAAGUCCUGACUGUCAUCGAAGCUCACAUCGACUUUCUGAACGAAUACAAAACAAAUCCAUCGGACCAUGAAUCAGCCAGCAGUGAGUCGAAGGAGCUUCUGGUCGACACGAUGGACACCUCACCAGGAGAAACACCAGAGGCCGGGUCACAUGGGAGGCCUCUGCCCAGCGGUGGUCGUGAGGAGCAUCAGAUUCCCCAAAGUGAUGGACCUCCACAAGCAGCAGCAGGCUCUUGGACAUGUUCAGGUACCUCUCACAGCGGUGAUGGGUGGAAGUCACAACCGUGUUCCCGUCAAGAACCAAAACGCACCACAUCGUACAGGAUGGUUGUCGGUGGUAAAACCUUUGACGCCCACCUGACGCUGAUGGAGAAAAUAAAGAAAAAAGUUCACAAUCAGCUUUGUGAAGACGACAACCACUCGGUCACUUUUGUCUUCUGUCCGAUCAGUUCUCGCGUUGCGUCAGACGUUGAGGCAGCCAUGUCCCAUUUUAUCGAUGAUAAACCUGUCAUUCUGGUGUUGAUGCACCACACACACCAAGUCAGGGCAACGUCUACUAUGAAAACAUGGAAUGUUAACGCCAAAGUUGUGUUGCAUGUCAACGUUUUCUACCAUGAGACACGUGGAUUACUGAAGUGUGAUGAGAAUAAUGCUGCUGUCACUGAGAUAGGAAACAAAUUACUGGAGCUCUUCGACCCAAACAGUAGCCUUACCAGUGGAAACGCCCAGGGUGGGGGGGGCCGAAGAUGGUGGGAUUAGUUUGGAUUGGAUCAAAAAUCCAUUUAAGAAGAAAAAAUAAAACAAAGAGUUUUCUGCACAUUAAGUGCUGUUCAAUUUCUAAAUUUUGAUCCGGUAACUUGUGUUAAUCAUUUUUCAACUCAAUUAUUUAUCCAAUAUUUAUAGAUUCAUGGGAAGGACAAAUUAAUAUUUGAGCUGCUAUUGAUCAUCAGACUUGUAAUCAAAAGUAGCCUUACCAGUGGAGUGGGGGGGCCGAAGGUGGAUGGACAGGGAGUGUAUGGGGGUCAAUUAAGAAAGGCCUAGCUUUAAAGCUUUAAAUCCUGGAAAGGAUAAUUGGUAAUGUUGUUGGUAAUGGUUUUUUUCAGUUCAUGCAAAGGAUAGCAUCAACUGAUUAAUUCAUACCCUUUACGGGUUUGCAGAAAACUUUAUUUUAUUCUUCUUGGUAAAAUCUAUCUCAGCAACUGAUCUAAUGAUAAUUGUUUUUUUGGUGGUCACAGAUUUAAAUAGCAAAACGAGUUAUGGGUUACUUGUGUUAACAAUUUUUCAACUCAAUUAUGUGUCCAUUAUUUAUAGAUUUAAGGAAAUAAAACGUUGAAAUCAAUAUUUGAGCUGCUAUUGAUCAUCAGACUUAACUUAUAACUAAAUAAUAAUCAAACUAAUAAAAUAAAAAAGGAAA